CUAUAUCAAAAUAAAUCGCCAUUUUCUGUAUCUCUCCAGAUGAUUUUAAUAAGUCCAGGAUGACAUCAUUUGCAGAUCACUUCUGGGGAGAGAAGAACAAUGGCUUUUUCGUGUUGUAUCAUAACAUGAAACAUGGCCAAACAGCAUCAAAGGAAUUCAUUGAUUUCCUUAGGGAGAGCUGUAAGGUGGAAGAAAGCUAUAGCACACUACUUAACAAGCUAGCUCGGACUGCUGCUACUAGUGCUCAAGUCGGCACAUUUGCCCCAUUCUGGACUGUGCUAAAGACACUAGCGGAGAAGCUUGCCACACUACAUACACAGUUACUGCAUAGCUGGACAGACCUGAUAAAGGAUGUCGCCCGCUACAAUGAUGAUCAACACAAACGACACAAAAAUAUGAAAGAAACCGAGUCAGGAACACAAGAAAUAGUUCAUUCCAUACAGCAGACUACAACAUCAUUACAUAAAGCAAAAGAAUUAUACCAUACAAGAUGUUUAGAGCGGGAAAGACUAAAGAGAGAAAACGCAUCUCAAAAAGACAUGGAAAAGGCGGAAAUAAAAUGUAAAAAAGCUAGUGACGAUUAUAAAAAUUUAGUGGAUAAAUAUGCAACUGUUAGAAAUGAAUUUGAAACAAAAAUGUUGGGAUCUUGUAAGCACUUCCAAGAGCUACAGGAAGAACAUAUAUGUCAGAUGAAGGACUUUAUUGAUACCUACGCCAGAGCCUGGGAAAGUGAACAUGCACUGAUAGGCCAGGUACACAAAGAAUUCAAAGCAAGCUGUGAUGAAUUAUCUGUACAAAAGUUACUAGAAAAUUUUAUUGCUUCCAAAAAGACAGGAACAGAAAAACCAGUCAUGCGUUGUUGGGAGUACACAGGUCCAAUAGAGUUUGUGGAACCAGACCUUUCGAGUCUGCAAGCCCCUCGCCCUAUGUCACCCGAGCCCAAUGACAAACGUGAGAGCUUCUCUGAGAAGCGUGGACAAGAUUCUACUUCUGCUUCUAAAGCUCAACGUACAUACUCCAGUGGGAGUCCCAGUCCGGUCUUGUCCGACCAACCGGGUCCUCUCAGUCGCAGUGUAAAGCUCCGCGUGUCCAGGACAUGGUUUCUGAAAAAGAAAAAGGAAAAGAAGAAGAAAAAGAAGGAGGACAAAGCAGACACUGAAUCUGUAGACACACAAGAGGGGGUUACUCCCGAGAUUGAUGAUGAGGGUUACCAGAUACGUCCUGACGACCCUAUGGAGAACAAUGGGGAUAAAACCAGCUGGUACUCCAGUGAUAGUGACACAGAUUCUGAUGACGACAACAAAAAGAAAAUCAAAGUGGAGAUCCGACCACUCAGCCCCAAUGGUGCCCCACCUGUUACCAGUAAUGUGAAGGACAUAAAAGCUUCUGUGGAGGCUCUACGACUCUCUCCUGUAGCAAAAAAGAGAAGUCAAACACCAACAGACAAGAAAAUGAAAAGGUCCCAGUCCGAGUCGGAUACGCUAGAUUCCCUAAAGCCAGCAGGUCUGGACUUGUUAAAUUUAGAUUUUUUUGCUUCAUCAAGUGCUUCCACCCCCACUGGUGGGGGCUAUAACCUCCCCUCCCCACUCUCCCCUAUGGCAGACACCCGACUACACAAUAGUGCACUGUCUAGUGCCAGCACCACCCCUAACAACAUCACAAAGCUUAAGCCUGCACCAAAGAGAGUCAAUAUAAGUGGACUAUUCAACAGCAGUUCAGGGAGUGACGGGGUGGCAAUAAACCCCCUCCCCUCCCCAUCUAGUCACAUAACCUCAUCUCCUGGUGGUACGGGCAUAAGCCUGCAAGCAGCUGCAAUCCCAAGGCCAUCAUCUCGUAACAAAGGCAUCAUACCUCAGAUUCCAUCACGGUCCUCGGGUAGGAACAGUCCCGCCUCCAUAAUGGGCCGGUCAGAUAGUAUGACCUUCAGCACGACCUCCAUGUUAAUUGGGUCAUCUCGAGGGCCAAGCCCACUGACCAUCGGCAAGUCUGACACCGUACCUCUGGCCAUUGCUUUCACAGAGAAUAUCGGUGCCUACUUCAAAGGCACAGAUGCCACACAGUGCAUGGUGAAGGUCAUUGGCAAUGUCAUGAUGUCAUUUCCUGCUGGUGUCGUCAAAGUGUUCACAGAAAAUCCAGCUCCAGCUGUACUGAGCUUUCAAAUCAAAAACUCAUCUCGACUUAACAACAUCAUCCUUAAUAAACAGUUAAUUGUAGAAGAAUCACACAAUGUAGCCGAGGAUUGCAUUAUCUACACAUUCAACAUGUCGGCUCUCACAGACCACCUCCGCAGUCAGGGCGAGGAGAACAAAUCAGCAUCUUAUUUCAAUAUAGAUAUACUCAAAUACCAGGGGAAGCCCCAGCCUGGUGUGGAGAGCUGUCCACUCCCCCUGGUGGUGUACUGGAAAUGUGAGGACAAGCACACAGACUUUAGGCUAGACUACAAGUAUAACCCCAAGUCCAUGUCCUCACCCUGUGCUUUAAAAAACAUCACGGCCACAGUGGUGGUCAACGGUGGUGUAGAGAGCAUGCAGAGCAUCCCUAGUGGCAAUUGGAAUGAGGAAAAUCAGCGUGCCACUUGGAAAUUAAAUGACUUGGCAGAAUUGAGUGAGGAGGGCAGUGCUGGAAGUAUACGAGCCAAAUUUAACCUCAAGUCAGGGCCCUCCAAACCGUCAACAACAGCAAUGACUUUUAUAUCGGAGGGGGCCUCACUAACAGGGAUAGACUUUGAGCUAGUGGGAACAGGUUACCGGAUAUCUCUGUCAAAGAAACGCUUUGCUGCAGGAAAGUAUGUAGCAGAUCCGGACUUGAACCAAAGCAGUGUAUGAUAUUAAUGGCCGCCACAAUGGCGACAUAACAACGUUAACUCAGGUGACCUCCCCUAGAUCGGACAGCAAGGGCAGCAGGUUCACAGCACACACCAACUCUACCCACAACAGGAAAUCCGCAGGGCGCAACUCACCAUACAUAAUGGAUCUCACAGGACGCAAUUACCAAACUGCUACAAAAGAUACAGCAGGGAUCUCACUGAUAACAUCAUUUGCUCCUUUAGACUGUUAAAUUUUGAGACACAUAUUCUGUAAACAUGUUAGAUUGUUUAAAAAGUAUUUUUGUGCAGUUAAGGUUCAUAAUAUGCCACUAUUCAUUAGUAAUAGUUCAUAAAAUAUUUAGAAAAGAAAUCAGUUGCAUGCAGUAAUAUAUUAUCAAUAGACAUAAAAUUUAAUUAAGUUACAUAAAAGUAAUACAACAUGAUGUAGUGAUUUGAUUAUUAAAGUUUUAAUCAGAAAUGGGCAGGAAUAGUUGUCUAUACUAGCCAAAAUUUACACACUCCAGUGUCUAUGUCCAGUGUUACGUUGGGGCCUGCCAGCCUGUUGUUACCUGUUCGUGGCUGAUGACAUACUCCAGACCAAAUAUAGUUAUCAGGAACUCCUAGUCACAAAAUCGUACGGCCAAUAAUCAUCACUGUCACCUCCUGGCCUUCGGGCUCCACACUUAACCAUUCCGUGAGUGUUACUUCAUUAAGCCAUUACACCAGUGUUGUGGUGCAGCGUCCGUCCCCGUCACUAAGUAUUGUUUGAUGUUGAGGAUUUAGCAAAUUCAAAAUUUCUGAAAUUUGAAGUGGGGAAGAUAAAAAUAAUAAAAGUUUGAAGAACUGUCAUUUUUACCAGUAAACUAGAUGAGCGAUUCAGACUCAGUGAGCUGUUAUGUAUAUGCACCUGUGAGACUGGCUGAUGUUUAAGUAUUGCACUGCACUUUGAUACUGGCCUCUGAUAUCACACACUAUCCACACUCAGAUAUCUACUGUUCAGUAGAGGGGGGUCGGGUGGGUUUUCUCCAGGUACUCCGGUUUCCUCCCACAUUAAGACCCCUGCACGCUAACAUUCGGGUCAACAAGAGUGAUUUAUUUAAGUUGAAAUAACUUGUUUCAUAAUUGUUGUAAAAUAGAUAAAGUUUACAUUUACAGUGGGGUCAAGUAAUCAAUGUUAACCGUUACCAUUGAUUACUUUACGUUACUAACGUAUGUAGUUUCCUGGUUUCUUCACACCAUCUCAAAUUGAUGCUGUGUUAGAUAUGCUAGGUGAAAAUUACUGUAAGAAUUGGCUAGAAAGAAAUUCAGUGUGUGAUAUUGUAGGUCACUAUCCCUAUUUUAAAUUGUCCAAUUUCCAAUUUGUCUUUCAUCUGUGAUAUGCUUUGUACUGUAUGUAUGUAAUAUAUUCCUGAUGGGUCAUUUAUCACGUAGUUAGGAUUAAGAGGCUGUGCAAAUAGCAGCUUGUAUUUAUUCGGAUACCUCCAUUGUUUCAUGUCAUUGUAAUUUUUAGUUUAUCAUUUUAUUCUUAUUUUGUUUUCUUUGAAAUAAGUAUUACACUAUUUUGGUUAAAGCUAUUGGUAGCUAAGAUCAGAAAAUAUCUUUCUGUUCUAUAUCCCUUCAGAUACAAAAGCAAAUACAUAAUUUUGUAAAACAUGUGUACUCAUUGUAUAGAACACUAUAAUCAUACAUAUAUACAUAUGAAUGUAUACAGGAAUUAUACUUGAUAAAACUUUAUUUGACAUAAUUGAUUGAUCAAGGUAAAGAAAUAUAUAUACACAUGUAUUUCAUUAAAGGAUAGAAAAAAUGGGAGCACUUCUGUAAGUGGUGUUCAGAAAAUGACUGACAUCAUGAUUUGUGGCAUUUUACAGUCGAAGGAUAACCUUAUUCUGAAUUGUUGACAUUUUUGUGGUUGUGUUUAUUAAUCAACAAAAUGAGUACUUUGAAAAUUAGGUUGUCUUCCUGCAGGAAUGAGGGUGAUGAAUUAGAAUCCUAUCAAAUGUACCGGUAUAUGUAAUCAUUCAUUUACUAACUAUAGGUCAUUGCUGUUAAGGAGAAUUUUCGUUUUCCAUUGCAAGGAAGUGUUGAAUUAAAUGGCAUUGAAUAACAAGGAAAUCCUACAUGUUGAAUUAGUAGUUGAAACUUUCAAAACAUUGGCAAGAUCCUUUCGCAUUGUUAUCGCUGCCUCAUAUUUCUGGUUACCUCCCCUUGUCAUGGCGUAUUGUGUCAUAGCAAGUUAUCUCCCUUUAGUCCAGUAUUUUCAUGGUAGGUUAUACUCCAUUUCUUCACGACUAAUUAUCACCCCUUCAUCCAACAGACUUAUCCUGAAGUACCAGGUAUUUGGUGGAAAUAGAUAUACGUUAAUUUCUGUUACAGACCAUUCUCUAGUCCAUUCAUUUUUUGAGGCUGCUAGUGUCAGAUUAGUGUGUUUCAUUGAAUGGUCUUCAAGACUAAUUAUAGCAGCUAGAAAAUUCUGUUUAAUUCAAAUAACAAUGGCUCAAGGGUGUUUCAUUCCAUUCAUCACAAGACGGCCAUCACUAUGAAGUAUGGUUGUUUCACCUUGUGUUUCAGAGUCACUUAAUAUAUAUACUUCAUUCACCAUAGAUGAGCUAGCAAAAUAUAUCACCCAGUAGGUAUUUUUAAAUUUCUGUGUUAGAAACAUUUCAUGAUACAAUGUAUAUCAUGGCAACUUACUGGUUUGUAUGAAACACAUUUUGUAAAUUCUACCUUCAUUCGAUGUUGACACUUGAGACACUGUACGAUAAUACGAAAGUUAUACAAGCAGUAACCUCACCUUUGGGUCAUUACAACAAGACUCCUGCAAUCUAGCUGUACUAGACAUUUUAGAAGUAUCGUGAUUGGGGAAAAAGAUAUUAUACCUAACAAAAUUAUUUGGUGUCAGUAUUAUGCUCACAAGAACUUUUUUAUUAUUAUUAUUAAAAAAGAUGUUUAAGUGUUUGGGGUUCUAUUCCACCAUUUAAUUGCUGUUAAAUCUUUAGAAUUUUGUACCAUAAGAGUACAAGCUAUAAUACUAAGACAGUAACACAAAAAAUCCCGCAAAUGUCUUUGGGGAAUGUUUACUCGCAAUACUGGCUACAGGUAUGGACAUUUAGAUUUUAAGUAUUUGGUUAUUAUCUCGUACUCUUUGUUAAAAAUAUUCAUACUGAAGAAUGAUGUUAAAACUAUUCAUACUGAAGAAUGAUAUGAAGUUUAUUCUUUAUUCGUUGACUCUCUGUCUUAAAAAUCAAUUGAAAGCCUGAAUUAAACCAGGGUAUCUGCAACAGAGAUAUUCACCAAGUAGUAUUACUGUUGUUGGUGUAUGGCUUCCGGAAUGAGUUAAUAACAAUAUGUCUAGUUUAUGAGGCAUUACAUGUUAAACAGAGGGGACAUAAUAUGUUACCGGUGUAUGGGCCGAGUAUUGUUACACAAGAUAGCUUUUCUGUAUUUGUUUUUGUUCUGUUGAGUGGUUGGUAUAUAUCUUUGUUUUUGUUCUGUUGAGUGUGUGUCAUAUAACCCUGGUGCAUAUUGAUGUAUUUACAAUUGAUUUCAUCAGAAUGAUAAUAGAAGUGCUCUUGUCAAACAUGAUUGGACAAUGUUAGCCUUUUUUUAUUUUCCUAAAUAAUAAAUGUUGACAUGUCAGAUCACUAGUUUAUAAUAAUUACUUAUAUAUUACAUCAGUUCCUGUCAGAUUUGUCUCUGUUAUUAUACCAAACUAAACUUUCAAUUAAUUAUAACUUUUCUAGGAAGUAUGCUAUAAUAGAAACCUUAAAACAGUAGGUCCACAAGGAUUUAUAGUUCACAAAAACAAAUGAAAACAAGAAAUCAUGCAUUUUAUUAAGAACUGUCUUCUUUCUCAAUUUCUCAAUUUUCAGUUGGAAGGAAUCUGCAAAGUCAUUGGUUAAACAUUUUCAAGGUUUACUGCAGUAAACUUAGCACUUGUUAUAGAAAGAGGGGAUUAACCUCUGUAAUCCAUCACAGACGGGAUAGACAGGGUCUCCUUGCAUAAUCUGAUAGUCUUUGUAUACAGGUUAUCCUGUAUAUUCCGACACCAUACAGUAGGAGAGAGUCUCCCUCUAUGUUCUCACACUAGCUUUAGUUAGAAGGGGAUUAUUUUAUACUUUUUACGGCACAUACCUACUUGUUUUACUGAUAAUUGUUAAUGUUCAUGAUGUGCAAUAGUUGUGUAGAUAAUUAUUUGCUAAUAUUUAUUUUCUGUAUACAGAAUGUGUAUAUGGAUGAUGCCAGUCAGUAGAAUUUGACAGUGUUUGCAUUAAUGCCUGACCAGAAGACGUUUUUUGUCUGGUGUUAACAUUAAUGCCAGACCAGAAGACGUUUUUUGUCUGGUGUUAGCAUUAAUGUCAGACAAGAAGACGGUUUUUGUCUGGUGUUAGCAUUAAUGUCAGACCAGAAGACGGUUUUUGUCUGGUGUUAGCAUUAAUGCCAGACAAGAAGACGGUUUUUGUCUGGAGUUAGCAUUAAUGCUUGACCAGAAGACGUUUUUUGUCGGGUGUUAGCAUUAAUGCCAGACCAGACGACGGUUUUUGUCUGGUGUUAGCAUUAAUGCCAGACCAGAAGACGGUUUUUGUCUGGUGUUUGCAUUAAUGCCAGACCAGACGACGUUUUUUGUCUGGUGUUAGCAUUAAUGCCAGACCAGACGACGUUUUUUGUCUGGUGUAAGCAUUAAUGCCAGACCAGAAGACGUUUUUUGUCUGGUGUUUGCAUUAAUGCUUGACCAGAAGACGUUUUUUGUCUGGUGUUAGCAUUAAUGCCAGACCAGACGACGUUUUUUGUCUGGUGUAAGCAUUAAUGCCAGACCAGAAGACGGUUUUGUCCGACCACCUGGCUGUUUACAGCACACAUUAUUAUGUUGUUCUCCCCUCCGAAUACAGACAGACUCUUUGAUCAUUUCCUGAUUUUGUCUCCUGGCCAGGAUUUUAAUGUAUAAAUAUCUUGGGCAAAAUAUGUAUGGUAUUUAUGUGGAAUAAUUGUAAGAGAUUUUAUCCUGUUUUUAAAGAAAAUGAAAAUGCAAGCCAAAUGGCAAACCAUUAAGAAUGUGUUGUCAUGGCAGAUGUUUACAGUGGUGAUGUCAUGGUGUAUAUAUUCUUAGAUUGGUACCAACUGUACAUGUAUAUCCAAAUCAUUAUUUAUGGAGGAAUAAAUCCUUGAAUAUCA